GCCACGCUGACACCGCGUGAAUAACACCGACUUCAAAGAGGCGGGACAGGUCCUGUGUGCAGGAAGUGAAAGUAUUCCAGUCGUCACGGCGUCUGAUGGUGGGACGCUGGGACGCUGGGUCUCUGCCGUCCACUGAGGAGGACCGCCGGUGAAGUGAGGAGUGCAGAGGGUAAGCACGGUGGAUGGCGAAGGCGACCAGGACUUGACCACAAGAAAGACGAUGGAGACAAAAAGCAGGAACGUGCCUUCAGAGCUCAGCUUCCUGCCCCGCCCGGCGCUGGUUUGGUGCGAGCGAGGCAUUCAGGUGCUGCUAACCACCAUGGGAGCCUUUGCCGCCUUCGCCCUGAUGACCGUGGCCAUCGGCACCGACUACUGGCUGUACGCUCGCGCCUUCAUCUGCAACAGCACGGCCAACUCGUCCUCAUCGCAGGACGACAGCACCAGCAACAAGGACAAGAAGGACCCGGGGGCGCUCACGCACUCUGGCCUGUGGAGGAUCUGCUGCCUGGAGGGCUUGAAGCGAGGUGUGUGUUCCCAGAUCAAUCAUUUCCCGGACGACGCAGACUACGACCAAGACGCUGCCGAAUAUCUGCUGCGUGUGGUGCGGGCGUCCAGCAUUUUCCCCAUCCUGAGCGCCGUGUUGCUGCUGCUGGGCGGCGUGUGCGUGGCUUCCAGCGGCUUCUCCAAGAGCAAGAGGAACGUCAUCCUGGGAGGCGGGAUUCUUUUUGUGGCCGCCGGCCUCAGCAACAUCAUCGGCGUGAUUGUGUACAUCUCGGCGGCGCUCAGCGACAUUUCUCCCAAGAAGGACGAAGACAAGAAGUGGCACUACUCGUACGGGUGGUCCUUCUACUUCGGCGGUCUCUCGUUCAUCCUGGCGGAGAUGGUGGGCGUGCUGGCGGUCAACAUCUACAUCGAGAAGAACAAAGAGCUGCGUUGUCGCUCUCGCGCCGACCUCUUCAAGAGUACCACGCACGCCAUGUUGCGUCUGCCCAGCUAUCGCUUCCGGCGACGCUCACGCUCCAGCUCGCGCUCCACCGACCCGCCCCGCUCGCAGGAGAACUCUCCUGUCGGCACCUCCAAAACCUUCAGCCUGCCGCCGUCUGCACCCCCGUUCUCCGUCGCCACCCUCCCGAACCCGCAUCACAGCGGCGGAGGUGGCGGUGGGGGGGGCGACAUCUCCAUGUACACUCUGUCCAGGGACUCCAAGCUUGGCAGCCUCGGCGGGGGUGCCCCGCCACUCUACGGCACGGUGGACCGCGCCACGCUCUACCAGCUCCACAACUAUUUCCCCAAGGAUGGCACUGGGGGGGGCAGCGGUGGAGGGGCGCCCAUCAGCAGCGGCACGCUCCCCUCUCACUCCAAGUCCAACCUGGCGGCCGCCGCCCAAAACACAGCCCCGCUGAAUAGCUCCUCGUCGGCCGUCCCUGCCACGCCCCAGGCUCCCAUGUCCACCGCCACCAUGGAGAGGGACAGGGGCAACGUGGGAACCCUGGACCGCCUGACGGCCAAGAGGGACCGGGACAGCAACUCGGACACACUCAACAGGAAAACCACGCCGGUUUAAGAGCUCACGUCCAAAUAGGAAGUGAAAGGAGGGCUAAGUUGGUGACCGUUCUGUCCUCACGUUGGGACAUCCAGGAGCCAUAACGACUCUAGUAGACACACCAUAUGGACUAAAAUAUUGGGACACACCCCGUCAUCAUUCAGGGAUCAUUAGAAUACCGUCCCAAGCUGGUCCUCAAUCUUCAUCUAAACAGGACAUUUUCGCAAAUUGUAUGCUUCCAACUUUGUGGGAACACUUUGGGGAAGACCCUUUUCUGUCCCCGGUGCAGGGGCAAGGUCGGUAGAAGCCAUUUUUGGAUGACUUGGACUUGGAAGAAGUUGUGUGACCUCACGCCAACACUUUGUAGUAAGUCUUCCUAGAAGACAAGCUGUCCCAAUACUUUUGACCACCCAGUGUGUGAUCAACAACUGAUGUGUGUGUGUGUGUGAGUGAGACAUCUGCCUUAAAACAGACCCCAGACCAGGACCACCAAAAGUCCAGAGACUAGGAUUUAAAUAUUAAUAUUAAAUAUUCAUAUGAAGUCAAUAUUUAAUGUUAAUAUACAGUAUGUUGGCAUUAUAUUAUCAUAUAUUACAAUAUUUAAAUGUUAAUGUAAUUGCAAUAUUAAUACUGAUAUUCAUUUCAAUUGUAAAAUGAUGGUAAUAUUUAUUCAUUGAAAAAAAAAUUAUAUGCUGAUAUUUAGUCAUUUGAAUUAUUUUAUAAUCAUUUAAAUAAGAAUGUUUCCCGACUGGCCUCGAGACAAGCGGUCAUGUGACAUGUACCCCUAAAGCAGAGACAGCCAGCCUGUGAUCGGACACACACGCACGCACACGCACACGCACACACACACUGUGAAACACCACAGCACUGCCAGGUGACCUUCUUCAAUCCUGUGAAAAAUUUGCUGAGUCACUCCGAGUCCAAUCCUCUUUUUUUUCCUCUCAGGAAGACAAGGAGUCACGUGGUUCCUUCUCGAAGGCAACCACAUUCUUCACAGUGACGUCUCUUUCUGUUCGUAAACAAAAAUGAUCUUUGUUUAGACAUGGCGACAACACGGGUGGACGUUAUGGCCAGCAGCUGGCGUCAAACGUCAAGAAGAAUACGUCCAGGAUACGAUGGACGUUAAUGUUUGGAUUUUUGACAUUUCGGGCACAAGCUGUAGCUGAUCGUGAUGGGUGUUGGGACAGUUAGCGGCUCCAAACACUUGAGACGAGUUGACUACUUCUUCAAUCGCUCCGUUGGAGUGUUUGAGAGCUCGCUCUCCGUCUCCCCCUAUGGAAUAAAAUGGUACUGCAGUCUAGAAAUGCGCUGAUGCCUGCUAGCUAAAGUCGUAUGGUUCAUUAUUUCACUACGCUAACUUCAGCGUUUAAGCCUCAAAAAAGGAAAGCACAUAUUGUAAAAUGAAACUUCUCAAACACGUAUGUAGAAUAAAACACGUAGAUAUAUUCUUGACAACAAGCGAACAUCACGUCGUUUCAUUCUUGGUGAGUUUUUGCUGUUUUUAUUGAUCUUUGUUGCUUUGCUCUGCUCUCAGUGGACGUGACGUGUGCAAGUGUCGAUGGUCUCCUUUGUUUCACAUUUUUAAAAACAUCAACAAAUUUUACCUCCCAAGUGAAUGAUGUUUGUUCAUUUUCUGCUUUUUAUCCAUUAUUUUCAAUACGGAGUGUAGUUUUUCAUGUUCUGGCUUGUGUACUGAUGAGUGUAGGCAUUAUAAUUGAUGAUUAUUUAUCUAUUUGUCAGUGGUACGUAUAGAUAUAUAUAUUCUUAAAAUGUGUCGUCAGUGUGACGUCAGUACUGGGAAAUCGAGCUUUACGUGAUGGUAAAAACAUUGGAAAGUAAACACCAGGUCCUUUUCCCAACAUUCCUUGAAUGCAUCACUGACACUCAAGGAAGGUCAAUGAAGGCAAGCAAUACAACAUAGUGGUCAGAAUAUCACAAUAUAUACAUAUAAACAGACGUAAAUAUAUACAGGUAUACAGUAGAUAUAUUCAAUAAAGUUAUUUUAAAAAAUCA